AUGGACCGCCUCAAGGAGGUUACAGAUACAUCAACAGCCGAAAAUGAGUUCGCAGACAACCCCAAUUCGACAUCGGACCUCCACGAGUUCAAGGAAUCAGAAGGCUACGUGACCAGGACGGACACCGAACAUCGCGGAAACCUCAAGACCGCCAACAACGGGCGCACCAUUUUAAUUCCCCAACCGUCCGAGGAUCCCCAUGACCCCCUGAACUGGAGCCCGGUCAAGAAGCAUGUGAUUCUCUUCAUUAUCAGUUUCGCCGCCUUCCUCCCCGACUACGGCAGCGCAACAGGCGCCGUUACGCUCAUCCCGCAGGCCGAAAUCUGGAACAUGAGCCCAGAUACAGUCAACCACUCGCAAGUCGGCAACGUCUUCAUGCUCGGCGCAGGGGGCAUCUUCGUCGUCGCCCUCUCCGCGUGGGCAGGCCGUCUCCCCAUCCUCUUCUAUUUUCUCGUCCUCGCCGCCGCAACAGCCGCAUGGUGCGCCGCCGCCACGACAUUCGAGUCCUUCAUGGCCGCCCGCAUCCUCAACGGCUUCUUCAGCACCGUCGCCCAGGGCGGAGGGCUCAUGUUCAUCUUUGACAUGUUCUUCUUCCACGAGCGCGCCCGCAAGAUCAACAUCUGGGCUGUGUUCAUCAUCCUGUCUCCGUACAUGGGGCCUCUGCUCGCUGCCUUUAUGAUAACAAGCCUUUCGUGGCAGAUUCCCUUCUGGGUGUACUUUGUCGAGACUGCUCUCGCUCUCAUCCUUACUAUUCUUUUCGUAGAGGAGACGUAUUAUGACCGCCGUAUCGCGCCGGAGAAUCAGCCGCCCAGGGGUUCACGCAUGGCAAGGUUGACGGGCAUUGCGCAGUAUCCAUCGCGCUACUUGCGCAAUAGCUUUGGCCAGGCGUGCAUGCGCCCGAUUCGCGUUAUUCUCAAGCCGACUGUAUUUCUGUCCUCGCUGUACUAUUUGCUGACGUUUGCUUGGGUCGUGGGCAUCAACACCACCUUGUCCAUCUUCCUUACGCCCCUGUACGACUUUGGCCCCAAGCAGAUUGGCUUCUUUUACUUUACGCCCAUUGUCGCGGCUCUUUUGGGCGAAAUCACCGGCCACUGGCUGCACGAUGGCAUUGCGCGGCAGUACAUCACGUCGCAUGCUGGGCACUUUGAGCCCGAGAUUAGACUCCGCGCCAUAUGGUUCAGCACGCCGUUCAUGCUGGCUGGCCUGGUGGGAUUGGGGUUCGCUCUCGAGGACGCAUAUCACUACAUGGUCACGGCUGUGUUCUGGGGACUGUACGUCUUUGGCAUCAUGGUGUCCACGGUGGCCUUGAAUGCGUAUAAUCUGGACAGCUACCCGGAAGCUUCGGGGGAGGUAUCUGCCUGGAUCAACUUUGCUCGUACUGCUGGCGGGUUCAUCAUUAGUUACUUCCAGGUCAAUUGGGCUCAUUCGGUGGGAGCCAAAGUAAGCUUCGGCACCCAGGCUGGAAUCUGCCUUUUUGCAUUCUUGAUUAUUGUCUUGUUACAGGUGUAUGGAAAGGCAAUACGGAUCAAGAGCGGGGCUCUGCAUUUUCCUACUGCUUGA